UACAGUGAAUGAAGACGUAUUUCUCUGAUUUAAAUUAGCAUUCUUAUUACGAUUCUUGACUCGUCCACUUGUACACCCAUGAACAAUACAUUUAUUUACCAUUUUUAAAUAAAUAUUACUUUUUAUAAAUUAAAAAAACAUUAAUACAAUUGCUAAUGAUGCAGUAUUGUCAACAAUUGUCAAUGAAAAAUAUGACGUUAUAAACCUGACAUCAGCGAACAUCACGAAACCUAGCGGCGUAUUUCCGAAAAUGAUCUUUCCUUUUUUUUCCAGUCGCGCUUACUAGAUAUUUUUCUGUGUCGAUCGCCCUCCUGUAUCUAGCCUCCGUGAAUGUAAGGGUCGAAAGAUAUCAGUCCUAUAUAUGGUGCCCAAGAGUGUACUUGCCAAUAAUAAUAAUAAUAAAUUUUAUAUUUUCUCGUUGGUAAAAUCCAAAAGUGAAUAUAAACUCUCCAGAUAGCCCUUUUCAGCGUUCUGUUUCACCACAACAUAGUCACUUCAGUGCCAUCUCGUGGCGGCGACAGGAAGCAGAUCCACUAAUCGCGAUUACUCUACCAACGGAGUAUUGCCGAUCGGCAACACGUAUAAGGAUGGAAGGUACUUUACAAGAAUUAAGAAAGUUCUAUAAUGAAUCAGUAGCAGAAUAUUGUAGAAGAAAGAAGUUGAAACUUACGAAAGUAAAAUGUGGUGCAAUUCAAUUGGAUGAAUGUAUGGAUGUUAUGGAAUGUUCAAAAAUUAUAAAAAGUAUAAUAGAAGAACCCUUAUUUUCUAAUUAUUAUGCAAUUUGUUGCGGUAUUCCAAAAUUGCCACCGAAAGUACAAGUUUUACCUCUUGAGCAAAAACUAUACGAAGAAGUUAAUCCAUAUCUUAUAAAUGUUAAUGUAAAAGUGAUGUUAAAAGAAAAAUCCAAUUACAUAUCGCUUAAACGUAUCUCGUGUAAUUGUAUUCUCGAUAAAGCCCUAUCUGUUGGGGAAAUAUAUGAUAACGUGACAAAGACUAGAGUGAAUAAAUCUGAUACAAUCAAAAUCAAUCCGAAGUUUGCGGAUCAUUUAAUUCCUAUUUUAAAACAAUUUCAAAAAAAUCAUAAAAGUUUCUUAUAUAGGAAACAGUUAAAUAAAUUUCUAAAUAAAAAUAGUACAAGUGAAUUUAGGGACGAUCCAAAACAAUCAAGCAAUAAAAUUGAAGACAUUGAAAUAGACGUUAAAAAAAUUACUAAUUUUUUGUAUCAUGUGUUAAGAAAUGUAGUGCCAUUUAAACUAUUUGGUUCCAUUACAAACCUGAGAAUUAUUAUCAAGUUGGUUUAUGAAAUUCUUAAUAGUGCAAGAUUUCAGCCAAUAUAUUUAAAAAAAUAUAUUAGUAGGUUAAAUAUUGAGAAAAUUGAAUGGUUAGAAUUUUUUAAAGAGGAAUCCAUCAAAUGGGUCGUCAUUAGUAAACUAAUUGUUUGGUUCAUUACCAAAUAUCUUUAUUACAUUAUUAAUAAACUUUUCUUUUGGACAGUACAUCCUGCAGCUAUUGGUAAAAGAUUGUUCAUAAAAAGUGGGAAAUGGAAAGUAAUAAAAAAAAAUUUUGUUAAAGACAAAAUCCGUAGUCACGUUUUUAUUGAUGCAUUUGAGAACAAUUUCAUUUCUCCGAAAUGCGAGUUCAAAAUUUAUUUAAAAUGUUCUGGUAUAAGGCCAAUAGCAAAAACUAGUUAUAAUGCGGAAGAAAAAACACGUAUGAAGAUGCUGUUGAAAUUCUUGAAGCAGUUGUGCGUCAAGGAAUAUGGAAUUGCAACAAUGGGAGAAUUCCAUAAUAAAUUUAAAGCUAUUUCUCGAGUAAGAAAUAAUUGUACCAGUAAGGGAAAACAAACCUGGAUAGUAUCUUGUGACAUAAGUGAUGCUUUCGGUUCCAUAAGAUUAGAUAAAUUGAAUAAUAUAAUUAAGAUAUUGUGCAAAGAUCUUCCUGAUGUACUGAUUCUUAAAUGGGUGGCAUGUGUGCCUGUUAAAAGCAAGACUGGAGAUGUAACGUAUGAACAAUAUUUUGCUGCGUUACCUCAAGCAUUACCAGUUGGAACAAUUUUUACUCUUCCAAAUAUAAACAAGAUUGGUAAUAAUCCUACCUAUUUAAAAAAGAAGGAACUGUUGAAUGAUAUUAAGAAGUGCAUAUUUGGCCAGAAAGUAACAAUAAAGCAAAAAGAAUAUUUUGUAGCUAAAGGUAUUCUACAGGGUACCAUUCUUUCAAAUAUAUUUUCUAAUAUAUAUUAUAAUUAUAUAUAUCAUCAGAAAUUGUCUGAAUUUAUGAAUUCCGGAUUCUUAUUUCGAUAUGUGGAUGAUACAUUCUACCUAAGUGAAAACAGAGAGUCUGCUGAAAAGUUUUUGAGAAUAAUAAGUGAAGGAUUUCCCGAAUAUAAUUGUAGCUUCAAACGAUCUAAAAUACAGACUAAUUUGCCUAAUCAAAACGUUCCUAAUACGAACGAAAUAAAAUUUUUAGGAUACAGUAUAAAUUGUAAUAGCUUAGAAUCCUUACCAUGUUUCAGAGAUGCUCAUCCUUCUUAUUUGUUUUCACUUGUUAUGAGAAAUAAAAUAGGCAAAAGUGCCAUUUUAAUGUUUAAAGAGAGAAUUAUUAAUUGCUCGUAUCUUAGAUUAUCAAAAAUGAUAUUACACAAUCCAAGUACUUGUGUACGUCGUUUGAUACAUUUUGUACGAAAAAUAUCUAAUAUGCAAGCAUGGCGAGCUUUUACUUAUAUUCUUAAACUAUUUGGAAAUUUACGUACAUUAUACAGAGAUUAUCAAGAAAUUUUUCUUAUUAUUAAAGAAAGUAAUGAGAAAAUUGUAUUAAUUUUUCUAAAAUAUAGCAAAUAA